AUGGCGACGAGCAACGAUGGCUCUUCCUCUGGAGAAGAGCGUAAAGCUCCCGAAACGACGCCUGUGUCUUUUCCUGCAACACUGGCGCCGUUACCACCCUCCUUCAUAGAGACCAUCAUGGCGCGCCUUGCACAACAGGACGCAGCCCAGAAGGCGGUGACCGACCAAAUCGCGGCGCUCGCAAAAAUCUUAGCUCCUCUCGCUGCGAACGUGGAAGCCUCAACGGUGCAGUACCGAAGACAUCUGUUUAGCACAGAGAGAGCAACCGGCACGACGCCGGCGCACGCUGAAGACCAAGAUGUCAACGACGACGAUACGGCUCAAACCCCUGGGGGCCUCGACACGCAGACCAUAAACGAGCUCGCCGCGUUAAAACCGUCAGUGCUCGAUAUAAACUCUAAGAUCCACAACGUGACUACGUCCGCUGCUCAGAUCGAGCGUGUCCUCGCAGAAUCUCUCUGGACGACAUUUACAGAAAAAAUAACGGGGGUCCGACUCCGAAAGAUGGACAAGCUCCGUCUUCCGACCUUCGACGGCGUUUCUGACCCUUCUGGCCAUGUCACGUCCUUCAACAUCGCAAUGCGGCGCGCGAAUCUCUCUGACGAAGAAAAAGACGCCGGCUUUGGUCAGCUUUUCGUCGAAACCCUAGAAGGAAUCGUUCUCAACUGGUUCACUGGCCUUCAAGAAAACUCCGUCAACAGUUUUCACGACCUCUCGAUGGCUUUCCUCAAGAACUAUAUCAUGUUUGCUCGUCAGGAAGCCGCCGCUACAGAUCUCUGGAAUCUCAAUCACGCCAAUGGGCAAAGCCUCCGAGAUUUCAUGGAGAAACUUAAAUCCGUUGUCUCAAAAGUUGACGUACCGGACCACAUAGCUGUGGAAUCAUUGAUGAACACCCUCCAUAUCAAAUCGCCAUUUCGAGCCGACCUUUAUCGGCACCCGACGAAAUCCGUGUCGGACGCUAUCGCUCGAUCCAACAACUUCAUCCGUACGGAGGAAGACACCAGGGCAAAGGCGGCGAAAGAGGCGGCAGAAAAACAAACGCCCGCCCGGACGAACGACACCCGUCAGGAGCCGCGUCAACAUUCUACGGGCAGCAAAACCAACCAGAAGAGGGGUUACAUGAACGUAGUGGAAGAAGAGGAGCCCUCAGGUUCCGCGGUUGUCGUGCGAGAGAAGGGAUGGAAUCAUUGGGACCGAGACACCGCGCAACAGAAAUCCAGUUCUCCCGAACCAAUGAGCUCAAAUGCUGUGGAACCAAGCAAGUUGUGUACGUAUCACGAGGUCAAGUCACACGACACGAAGGAUCGCAAAGUCCUUUACGGACAUUUCCUCAAGUCGAUCGAAAGUGGCAAAAUCGAGAUACAACCUCCUCCGCAGAAGCCGAAGAACAAUAAGAGCUGGAGCAAAAACAAAGAGAAGAAAACUCAGAAGUCUCAAGCCAGGGCUCCUCAGAGAGAAGAGCGAGCUAGCCCCGAGAGAGCCCCAAUGAACAACCUCAAUCUCUAG